AUGGCCUCUGUCAGCGCAUGUGACGAAGCAUCACCACCGUCUUCAACUGCAGCGCCGCCUCCUCCAACCACAUCGUCAAUCCUCUUCCACGCCGGCAAUGUCGUCCUGCUCGACAUCCCCAGAUCCCUAGAAGAGGCCCAAGUGCCCCCCGGCCUCCCGCCAUCGGCUCGAAUCGUUUCUGGGGCCCCGCCACUCAAGCCAUUCACCACCCCGGAGCCGCGAGAUGGGGCAACAGCUGAUCAUUGGCUGCGCAGCUCGCAGUCUGCGGGAGCUCAUAUUGCAGACUUGAUGGCCGCAGCAGCCGUGCAGAGCGCUCUGGACCAGCUUCAUAGCCGAUAUGCGGGACUGUUUUGCCUCCCCCGGCUUUGCAAUGCCCCGGAUGGGCUGAUUCCCCAGGAUUUCAAUGACAGAAAGAUUGACACUGGUGGCACCACUUCUGCUGAUACUGCUACCAGCACUGCAACUUCUGCAAUGGAUGCUAUCAGGACCCCCCCUAGGGCUGAGUACUUGCACGGAUCUAUCCGUCAUCUGCGGCAGACAUUCAUUGAUCGAGCGCCGCAAUUCCGUCUCAUGGUCUUCGAUCCCCCGUGGCCAAAUCGAUCAGCCCGGAGGAAGAAGGCGGGCAGUUACAACACUGCCUCGAACCUCUCAGAAAUACAAAAACUCCUCUCUAGCAUACCCGUGGCCUCUCAUCUUGCUUCUGAUGGCUUGGUGGCCAUGUGGAUCACUAACAAAUCCAGCGUUCUUGACCUAGUAACCUCAUCCAAAGGACUCUUUGCAUCCUGGGGCCUCGAACUGGUAACGCAGUGGACGUGGCUCAAAAUCACCUCAUUAGGCGAGCCUCUGUUUGAUAUAGAGUCUACGUGGCGAAAACCAUGGGAGACGCUGCUGAUUGCAAAACGCAUCAGCGCCAAGGCACCGGAGACUCUCAAGCCUCGAGUCAUCCUGGCAGUUCCAGACGUACAUUCACGGAAGCCAAAUCUUCGGCGACUGUUUGAAGAAUACCUUGGUCAAGAUUACACAGCUUUGGAGGUAUUUGCCCGCAACCUCACCUCUGGCUGGUGGAGCUGGGGAGACCAAGUCCUGCAGUUUCAGGCACCAGAGCAUUGGGUCGAUGUUGAGAUUUCAACGACGAUUGUAUGA